AUGCGCUACGACGGUCACGAUAUUCACAUCAUCGAGUCUGGUCAAGAUGUCGAAUUCGAAGACACCGCGCCACCGCGCGAAAAGAUGAAGCGCAGUGGCGACAGCCUCUGGCGAGUGCUCAGCGAGAGGAAUAUCAAUAUGAUUGCGUUUUCAGGUUCCAUUGGCAACGGCCUUUUCCUAGGAAGUGGCAUUUCCAUAGCCAGUGCGGGCCCGGGUGGUGCUGUCAUGAGUUACCUCAUUGUCGGUACAGUAAUAGCUUCCAUUAUAUCUUGCCUCGGCGAGAUGACAGCCUUGAUGCCUGUCAACGCCCCAAUGAUGGAAUUCCCACGUCGCUUUCUAGACCGCGGUGUCGGUUUCGCCGUCGGUUGGGUAUACUGGUUUGCAUAUGCUGUACUCGCAGCGAGCCAGGUUGUAGCUUUCGCAAAUGCGCUGCGAUUCAGUUAUGACGACACAGAUAUUGGAGGGAAAACAAACAUCCAAUGGAGCAUUGGCGAGAAUGUUGACAGCGCCGUUUGGAUCAGCAUUUGCCUAGUCGUCAUUGUCGUCAUCAACUUCCUUCCCGUUAUCAUAUACGGCGAACUCGAGUAUAUUUUCGGGUGCAUAAAAAUGACAUUGCUCGUUAUUUUGAUCAUGACAAUGCUUGUAUUCGAUGUUAUGAACCCCCGCCCUGGAGCAUACUAUACGAAGCCCCUUGGAACCAAGUGCCCCAUCGGCUCACUUCUUGGCGUGUGGACUACUUUUAUCAAUGUCAUGUUCUCUUACAUUGGCAUGGAUAUCGUCGCCGCCACCGCCGCUGAGAGUCGCGCCCUUGCCGACUCGGAGAGCAUGAAGAUGGCCGCCCGCAAGAUCAACAUUCGCAUCAUCACUCUCUACGCGCUCGCCGUCACCACUGCCUCCUUUGUCGUUCCCUACGAUCACCCCUUCAUCAACGGCGCGGGCACGUCCGUCAGCUCGCGCUCCGUCUUCAUCAUCGCCGCCGUCGAGGCUGGCGUGCCGAUGCUUGCCCAGUUCUUCAACGCAAUGUUUGUCGUUUCGGCGUUUACCUGCGCCAUCAACUCGCUCUACGUGGCUUCCCGCGUGCUGCACACCCUGGCGCUUCGCGGCCAGACCGGGCCCGAGUUCAUCACCAGGCGACUGCGGGCGUGCCGCUGUGGCGUGCCGAUCCGAGCCGUAGUGGCGACGGCCAUGCUGAUGCUGAUAGCAUACAUGGGUAGAUCCGGCUCCCCCGGUUCCCGCCUCGACGAGCUUUCCAACAACUGCACAGUGUCGUGCCUGAUCGUUUACGCAACCAUCUGCGCCACCUACAUGCGCUUCUACAACACGUUGGAGGUCGCCAAGAUGAGCGAGGACACGUCCGCCGCGCAGGCCGCCAGCUACGACCGCGACAGCCCCUUGUACCCGUACAAGUCCCACGGCCAGUGGCUCAAGGCCUUUUACGGGCUCGCCGGGAGCUGCGUCCUCCUCAUCUUCAACGGCGUGCCCGCCUUUCUCGAGAAGCCCUUUAACGUGCGCAAGUUUGUCUCUGCCUACGUCGGUAUACCGGUGUACAUUUUACUUGUUGUGGGCUACAAGUUCCGCAAGCACGGGUUCCGCUUCUCGCACUGGGGCCCGGAGCGGUCCGACGACCUGAGCAACACGGUGCGGGCGGCGAGCGAGAAGCGCCGCGGACGGCUGGAUCUGCCGGACUGGGGGGUCACGAGGGCGAAUUGGCAAGCUCUCGGGCACUGGCUCUGGGUCUGGAUCAAGUAA